AACGGGUCCAUUUGCAAUGAAAUGAAUGUGUCCUGGCUGAAUACAUUCAUUGGUUCCGUUAUUAAUACCACAGUGACAACUUGUGGCACAGCGGCCACAAACAUCUACAGUGCUUAUCAGCAGCAGCGCAGCCUGCUAAUUGGAAAUUCAACGGGGCUGAGUGUUUUGCAGGCCACCCUUGCUGCCCUACAUCCGCGAACUGUCUAUCUACGUCUAUUGGACAAAUCGACCGAAGCCCUGGAGCACUUAGCCUACGCUUCGAUAGCAUACUUUCUAGUAUGCCUAGCCAUAUAUACGCUGAUCUUCCGCUACAAGGGUCUGGGUCAGUUGCGGUUGCCAUGGCCUACCUCACAAGCUGCCAAAAGAGUUCUAUUCGUGAUUUCACAUCCCGACGAUGAGUGUAUGUUCUUUGGACCGCUAAUCUAUUCACUGACGCGUCAGAAACAAUGUGAAGUAUAUUUGCUGUGUUUAUCGAAUGGCAACUAUGAAAAACAAUCUUCCAAGCGUCGCGAAGAACUAUGGCAUUCAUGCACUCAUCUGGGUCUACCUCAGGGCAAUAUUAUACUAGUCAAUGCCACCAAUUUACCCGAUGAUCCAAAUGUCGAUUGGAAAACCGAUGCGGUGGCCAGCAUUAUUCUACACACGGUGGAAACGCUGAGUAUUCAGGCCUUGUUUACGUUUGAUCGUGAUGGGGUUAGCCAGCAUCCAAAUCAUUGUGCAGUAUAUUAUGCCGCAGCAUCAUUGUGUCUAGCCAAUUUGUUACCAAAAGAUUGUAAAUUUUAUACCUUGGACUCCAUUAAUAUAGUGCGCAAAUAUUUAUCAAUUUUUGAUAUCAUUUGUACAUGUUUUAUGUCAAGAUAUUGGUGUAUUUUAAGCUGGCAGGAGUCUUCAAUUGUUCGCAAUGCCAUGAAAAAACAUCAAUCGCAAAUGAAAUGGUUCCGUUGGCUAUAUAUUUAUUUUUCCCGUUAUAUGUUUAUAAAUUCAAUACGUGAAGUGAAUUUAACCGAUGUUGAAUUGGAAAUGCAAAUUCAUGAGAAUUGAA